AGCCGAGCCGAUGGACUUUUUUACGAUAUCCGCCCAACCCGAUCGAACGGUCCGCUCCCCACCACCGAUGCCAGAUCGGGCGUCUCUUGACGUCGAUACAUAUACCGUCGGGUGUGACGACGUCUCAACCGACAUAAACGGCACUGAACGAGUUUUUCGACCUGGCCCCCUCCACACCCUCCGUAGUCACCCUGGUGCUUGGCAAUCUGACCCACAUUUUUGCGAGCUUCACUGGGUCAAGAGCGCAACAGCGGGGGUUGUUAUUCCCCCGCGUUUCAAUCGUGGGGGGCGGCGGAAUACGCGUAUGCACACGUACGGGCGAGGGUAUUUACACGAAUGCAGAUAUUCGGGAUCGGCAAUCGGAUUACGCAGCUUGUACUGUUAAAUGGGUGGGUG